AUGGCAUUCUGGGAAAUGUGGUUUUUGUUGCGGUUGUUGUUAAAGCCCGAACGAACGUGAGGGGCCCGAUCCAUUUGAGGUUUUCAACACACGGAGAUGCCGGCUUAUCGGGCGUCCAGUGCAAAGACGGCUUUUUUGUAAAGGUCGCUGAUUUCCAGCCCCUGGGAAAGAAGUCCCCACCCGCUUCCCCCUUAGCCAAGGGAUCCCGCCCCCCCCCCGCCUUUCGCUCCGUUUCCCUCGGCGCCUAACGAGGCUUCCUGUCGGCCUCGAGAGAGGCAAGUUGGCUGGAGCGCCCCGGCACCUGAGGAGGCCUCGGCGGGAGGCCUGUCAGUAGCGAAGGGGACGAGGAGGAGGAGAAGACGCCACCAUCAUGGUAGGAGGCCUUUGGGGGGGUCUUUCUUUAGAUUGGGGGGGACUGAUAUUGGAUGUUGGUGGUGGGAAAUGCGGAGUCAUCCUGGCUGUAAGGAAUUGCAAAAGUACACACACACACACAUCAUCAUCAUCAUCAUUUAUUAUUUGUAUGCCGCCUUUACACAGUUAAAAAACAAUACUCAAGGCAGCUUACAGCAUAACAAGAUUUACAUCAUUACAAAAGUCAUAAACAAUAAAUAAACCACAUCAAAAAGUACACAACGAAAUGGGAAACAAUUUCCACAUGAAUCAAAAUCUAAAGCUAAGUAUACGGCAUUCAUAUCACACUUUAAAGUGACAUAGGUAAAAAAUAACAGCAAUUUAAACAAAAUCAAAACGAAACUGAGCCCUCACGCGUGCGCGUGCACACACCCCAUUGUAGUUCCGUGGUUCCUCGAAGAAAAGUUUUUAGGAUGGGGGGAGGCGAUGACGACUCGCAUUUUUCCACUCAGGUAAUAAAAUACAGCCCAAAAAACCUUGCAAAUCUUUUAGCAGGGGCACUAAGAAUAAGAUCUGUUGUUUGAUUGACUUUCUGACAUUGCUCAGUUGUUGUUGUUUGUUUAUGAUUAAAACAAAAAUCAAAAGGAAGCCUAUUGGUUCCCCCGUCUUAUCUGCGGACGAAGGAUGAUGUGUCAAGUUCUGUCAUUUGCAUCCACGUGAGCCUCUAGAACGUAUUUGGUAUAGAUAAGCAUUUCGCUCUGUCCUCAAUAUAUUGUAUUUUAUUUUAUUGCUACGGCCAGUGGCGAAUGUAAAUAGGGUUUCUAUGCACUUAUGCCUUGCAAAGUAAAAGUAAAGCGACAACAUGGGUGAAAACCACAACGAGUGAAAGCUGAAGCGCACACCUUGGCAGUAUGUUUAAAUGGAACAAGUCAUGCCCAACCCACUUAAAGGUUUAGAUUUGCGGCAGCACAGUCCCCAUUUUACUUUUGUGUGUAUACAGCACCAUAACAGCAGUUUGCACGACUGACAGUAGAUUCAAGCAGGCAAGAUCCAGAGAAGGCUGGGAAAAACAAAAACCCCAUUAAAAACUAAAUGGCAAAAGAGAGUUUUGACUAAAAAUUGCCCCCAGGUCAAGUAGGAAUCUUAACCAGUCAGUCGCCAGACUGGCUUCCUGGGUUCAGGGUAAAUUAUAUGCAGAUUGCAGUCUUACCACGAGAGCAGCUUUUGUGGGCCGUUGUUUAUGUAUUUAUUUACAUUUAUACAGCUGCCGCCUAUCAGAAAUUCUGCGAAGUGAAAUAAUAAAGACAACAACUUUAAAGCACAGUGUACCAUUCUUGGCCUGGGAAAGCCCAGAUUCAGUCAGCCAUGCUUUAAGAACCUCACUGUUGGAGACUACUGCAAUGCGUUCUGUGUGGGGCUGCCCUUGAAGAUGGUCUGGAGGCUGCCACUGGUACAGGACACUGCUGUCAAGUGGGACAGCGAGAUAGAAUUGUAUGUGGUUGAGCCUUAAAGCACUGCACUGGCUCCGCGUGAGCAACAGAGCUCAAUUCAAGGUCUUGGUUCUCGUGUACAAAAGGUUGGAACAACUUGAGGCCCCAGGACUGGGCAUAUUGCUUUGAGGCCUACUUGUCUCAUCAGUGAGUAUGUGCUCCAUGCUCUGGAAACUUCUAGACUGGAUCAUUGUCAUCUGCUCUAUGUGGGACUGCCAGUGAUGAUGGAUGUUGUAGUCCAAGAACACCAGGAGACCCAAGGUUGAAGAACACAGAAGUUGACAGUACUAAGCUAGAUAGACGAAUUGUCUGAUUCAGUAUGGCAGCAUAUUAUACAGUGGAUGCUUGGGUUGCGAACGUGAUCCGUGUGGGAUGCACGUUCGCAACCCGCAGCGGCGUGUCUGUGCACACGCGGAUUGUGAUUCGGCGCUUCUGUGCAUGCGCAAAGCACGAUUUAGCACUUCUGCGCAUGCAAGAACCCCAAAACCCGGAAGUAACCCGUUCUGGUACUUCCGGGUUUCGGCGGGUCCGUAACCUGAAAAAACACAACCUGAAGCAUCUGUAACCUGAGGUAUGGCUGUAUAUAACUUGCCUCUUCUAAUUCAUUCUCUUGUUUUUCCUCCCCAGUUUUCCUUCAAUAUGUUUGAUCACCCAAUCCCCAGAGUGUUCCAGAAUCGCUUCUCGACUCAGUACCGCUGUUUCUCGGUGUCCAUGCUUGCUGGACCUAAUGACAGGUCAGAUGUGGAGAAAGGCGGGAAGAGUAUGUGCACAUUUUUCUUUUUGAAUAUUCUCUUGAGGGCUAGAUGGUUUUGUGUUUUGCAGGGGGUGGUACUUGAAAGAGCAUUAAGCAACACGUGCUGGCUAAGCUCUCCCAAAUGGAGCAUAAGAGGAGCCUACUGGAUCAGGCCAAUGGCCCAUCUAGUCCAGCAUCCUGUUGUCAUAGUGACCAACCACACGCCUGUGGGAAGCCUUCAGGCAGGACCCAAGCACAAGAGCAUUCUCCCCUCCUGUGGUUUCCAGCAAAUGGGAUUCAGGAGCAUUAUCUGGAUUAUUGAAGUCUAAGGGCCACAUUAGGGACGCGGGUGGCGCUGUGGUCUAAACCACAGAGCCUAGGGCUUGCCGAUCAGAAAGUCGGCGGUUUGAAUCCCCGCGACGGGGUGAGCUCCCAUUGCUCGGUCCCUGCUCCUGCCAACCUAGCAGUUCGAAAGCACAUCAAAGUGCAAGUAGAUAAAUAGGUACCACUCCGGCGGGAAGGUAAACGGCGUUUCCGUGCGCUGCUCUGGUUCGCCAGAAGCGGCUUAGUCAUGCUGGCCACAUGACCCGGAAGCUGUACGCCGGCUCCCUCGGCCAAUAAAGCGAGAUGAGCGCCGCAACCCUAGAGUUGUCCGCGACUGGACCUAAUGGUCAGGGGUCCCUUUACCUUUAAGGGCCACAUUUCCUUCUGGACCACCUUCCAGGGCUCGCAUGCCAGUUCUGGGUGAGGCCAGAGGCACAAGUGGAUGGAACAAUGAAUGUAACAUUUUGCCUUUGUACGGUAGGAUAGUUUCUACACACAUGAUGACCCUCUCUGUCAUCCUUCCAGACAAGCCAGAGGUAUUUUCUGUGGUCGAGGAACCAUUCCAUCCAGUAGCCUGGGGAGAGUUCCUAAGAGCCAGGUUGAGAGGCCUAGCGCUGAGGUGGGGAACCUGUGACUCUCUAGAUGUUGAUGAACUGCAAUUACCAACAACCCCAGCAAGCCUCACCAAAGAUGAGGGGAGAUUUAGUUCAUCAACGUCUGGAGGGCCACAGGUUUCCCACACCUGACCUAGAGGGUCACAUUUGGGCCACAGGCCUGGGGUUCCCCAUCCCUGUGGUAGCCUCGUGUUGAGUCUCCCUCCCCACUGAAAUCUGUAGUAUAUAGGAUACUUGCUUUAUUGGUUUUCACACCCCCUACUCUGAAUCAGGAGAAGGAAAUAUAGAUGUUAUGACAUAGGACAUUGGAUAAACUUCUCUGCGUGUUAAUGUCUGCAGGUGGGAAUUCAACGGAGGAAUAUAUUCUCGUAUUAAAGUACACGCCUUGAUUUUCCUGUGCUUGUUUUCCAUUGCCAUGCCAUACCUAAUCUUACUGUUAAUUUCCUUUCUUCGCAGUAAUUAUGCCACCCUCUGCUUUGGAUCAACUCAGUGAGUAUCUUCUAUUCAGCGUACUUAUGAAGAUGUAAAGUAUAUUCUCUCACUGCAAAUGUUUUCAGUGUUUUCUGUUCCACCUUUAAUUGAGACAGGGGUUUAGAGACCCUCCUCUUAAUUGUUUUAAUCUUGUAUUUGUAUGACGGCAAUGCCCGUUAUCGCGCCCCACUUUGGUUCAGACCGCAAUCCAGUUGUGGAUCCUGACCUACCAGUUAAAGAUUAAGGUUGUAGCUGGUUAAAUCAGUAAGAAGCCAAUAAGCAUUUUGGAUUGGCAACGUAUGUGAAAUUGCUGCUACAGUAACGCUACAAUUAUUUCCUCUUGACAUUCCAUCCCGUAGGAUGUGAAAGGGCACAAUGAUGGUCACCUCUUGUCCCAACUUCUUCUUGCUCCAGAGUCACACAGUGCUCAGACAAAACUAUUUUUCUGUUGUUUUUUUUGCCACCACAUUACACUGCUCCUGAAUUAAUUGCAAUGGCUGUCAAUAAGGUACUAGCCUUCGUUCAAGGGGCUGCUACUAGUGUACAAAGCCCUAUACAGCUAUGGACCAGGUUGCCUAAAAUGUUUUCUCACCCCCUUAUAUACCCAACUGUUACAGGAAUUCUAAGGUCUCACAUAUAUAUAUAAAUCAUGUGUUCAUAAAUCUACAAGGCAAAUACAUACAUAAGUGUAUAAACCACAUCUGAAAGCAAUCCUGAAGCCAUUUUGACUCUUCCAGUGACCUCAAAUACUUUCUGUAGUGAGGAAGGAAAUGGAAGAAGCCUCCCCAUUGUCCCUUUGCUCACAAAUCCUGUCUUAAGGGUGUAUUUGUGCGUGAAUAGGGUGAGCCUGUGACCUGGUUUCAGGAACUAAGUAUUAAACAUCUCAAAAGGAAUGGCUAGGCUGCCCUGGUAAAGCAAUCAAGUGACCAGUAUCCUGCCAGACAGGAUUUCUGUUGUAGACCACCCCACUGUGAUGUAUUUCUGCUGUAGCCCACCUCUCUGUAGGAGAGGGCCUCCUGCAGAUAUCCCAUUAGGAGGUCAGCUCUGUAUGAUUUAAGGUAUUUAGGUCCCAAGCCAAUUAGGGCUUUAUAUGUUGCUAAUAAGGGACGUGGGUGGCGCUGUGGGUUAAACCACAGAGCCUAGGACUUGCCGAUAAGAAGGUUAGCGGUUUGAAUCCCCACGACGGGGUGAGCUCCCGUUGUUCGGUCCCUGCUCCUGCCAACCUAGCAGUUCGAAAGCACGUCAAAGUGCAAGUAGAUAAAUAGGUACCGCUGCGGCGGGAAGGCAAACGGCGUUUCCGUGCGCUGCUCUGGUUCGCCAGAAGCGGCUUAGUCAUGCUGGCCACAUGACCGGAAGCUGUACGCCGGCUCCCUCGGCCAGUAAAGCGAGAUGAGCGCCACAACCCCAGAGUCAGUCACGAUUGGACCUAAUGGUCAGGGGUCCCUUUACCUUUAUGUUGCUAAUAACACCUUGAAUUUGCAACGCUUUCAGGGCUGAUGUCACAUGGUCCUAUCAAGAUUCCUCACUUACCAUCCUAGCAGCCAUAUUCUGCACUAACUGAAGCUGUCUUCAAGGGCAGCCACAUGUAGAGUACAUUACAGUAGUCCAAGCAGGAGGCAUAGGAAUACUGUGUUUAGUGUGGCGGCGCCUACUCCUUGGAGCUUGGAAACCCUGAAUUAGAUCAAUGGUAUUUUCCUAUGUUCAAUCCAGUCCUGCACAAGUUUUGUUGGACGCAAAUCAUACUGAGUUCAGCGAGGCUUACUCCCAAGUAAGCAAGUGUAGGCUCACAGUCCAAGAUUCUUUAUGCGAGCUUCCAAGAAAAUUCAUUUGAUAAAUGCAGUGCUUCUCCCCCCACCCCCAUUUUUCCCUAGGCCGGCUUAAUAUCACCUAUCCUAUGUUGUUUAAACUGACAAAUAAAAAUUCCGACCGGAUGACGCAUUGUGGCGUGCUUGAGUUUGUGGCUGACGAAGGCAUUUGUUACCUUCCACACUGGGUAAGUAGACACCUUGAUUCUCUUCUCAACUUAAAACUUCUACAAGGGUUAUAUGAAAUGAGUUACCCUCUUAUUUUUUAAAAAAUCAUUUCACUAUAGCACAGGCUCGUGGUGAUGUCUCAGACAAACUGUGGAUAGAAUGUACAUUCCCAUCACGGAGCUACAAUUCUUAGAGUAGUUGGUUGGUCCCUCUUCCCAGGGAACUCUGAGAAUUACAGCUCUGUGAGAGGGAAUUAAGGUCUCCUGACAACUCUCAGCACCUUAACGAACUACAGUGGUACCUUGAGUUAAGUACUUAAUUCGUUCCGGAAGUCCGUUCUUAACCUGAAACUGUUCUUAACCUGAAGCACCACUUUAGCUAAUGGGGCCUCCAGCUGCCACUGUGCUGCUGGAGCACGAUUUCUGUUCUCAUCCUGAAGCAAAGUUCUUAACCCGAGGUACUAUUUCUGGGUUAGCGGAGUCUGUAACCUGAGGCAUCUGUAACCCGAGGUACCACUGUACAGGCCACAGGAUUCUUUGCGGGAAGCUCUGAGUGUCUCCCAAGACAUCAUUUGAGCACCUGUCUUUGUUUCCUUUUGACAGAUGAUGCAGAACCUGCUCUUGGAGGAAGGGGGCCUGGUGCAGGUAGAGAGCGUCAACUUGCAGGUGGCGACGUACUCCAAAUUUCAGCCGCAGAGCCCUGAUUUCCUUGACAUCACCAACCCCAAAGCAGUGUAUCCUUUUCGUUAAACCUCAGGGGAAGCCGCAGAGGGUGGUUUGAGCUGUGGCCCCAAGGAAGGAAGAUGGAUUGCCUUUUUCCAACAAGGAACCUCAGGAUCAAAUGUGGUUCUCCAGGGCUGUCCCUCUGGACCUUGGAGCUCUUCCCAGCAUGCACUUCCUCCCCAGGCCACACCCCUUCCUGUCUCUUCUUUGGCCUGGCUGACCCUGAGGGUCACGUAGUCCAACCCCAUGCAAUGCAGGGAUAUGCAGGUGACCCAUGUGGGGGUUUGAACCUGGGCCCUUGGCGUUCUCAGCACCGUGUGCUAACCAGUUGAGCUAACUGCGAGAAGCCAAGUUACAGGGAACCAGGCAGAGGGCCUUCUCGGUAGUGGCACCCUCCUUGUGGAACGCCCUCCCACCAGAUGUCAAAGAGAACAACAACUACCAGACUUUUAGAAGACAUCUGAAGGCAGCCCUGUUUAGGGAAGCUUUUAAUGUUUGAUGCAUUACUGUAUUUUAAUAUUUUGUUGAAAGCCGCCCAGAGUGGCUGGGGAAGCCCAGCCAGAUGGGCGGGGUAUAAAUAAUAUAUUAUUAUUAUUAUUAUUAUUAUUAUUUAUAAGAUAUUUAUUAAGGUUUUUUGAAAUAUUACAGUAAAAAUGAAAACAAAAAGAGAAAAAUACAAAAUAAAAACAGUUAAAAACACACAUAUUUUCAGUUACUUAUUUUCCUUUAGCUUGUUUCCCGGACCUCCUCGUACCUCCCUUUUUUGUAUUCCACUUCAAUUUAUUGGUUCAGCAAAUCCUUACCAUUAGAUUUUAACCCAUUUAUAACCCUUUUUUUCAUAUUCUCUUAAAGCAUUACAGCUAGAAACCGCUUAAGUACUAUCCAACAUCCUUCUGUCAUUCAUUAAUUUUACAAUAUUUCUGUAAAUAGUCUUUAAAUUUCUUCCAAUCUUCUUCCACCGACUCUUCCCCCUGGUCUCGGAUUCUGCCAGUCAUUUCUGCCAAUUCCAUAUAGUCCAUAUUAUUAUUUAUUUAUUUAUUUAUUUAUUAUUGGCAGAGCCUCUGAGCGUACAGAGGUAAGAGUUGCAUUGUCUUCCCUCUGGCUUUGCCUGCCAUUGGCAUGCAACCCCAGAAGAUUACUUAGGAGGGAAGGUGGCCCUCCUACCUCCAUCCAAAAACAGAUGCUAUCUGAAAAUGAACAAGGGCCAGUUCAGAGACAGCGUCCUCUGAUGUAGUCUCAUUGACUUCAGUUUGCAGUGGACGCCAGUGACACCGAUCUGUGUGUCCCCUUUUCAAAAGCUGGUAACAUGCCAUGAGCUGGAGAAUGAGGAGGGGAGAGUUUAUCUUAUGAGAAUAAGAUGUAGGAGAAAGUUGACAGACCAUGUUAUUCUAAAGCAGAUUUUCUGCACCAUGGAGGUUGGGGGUCUAUUUAUUUUCAAGCAUCUUUACCCCAGUCUGCAGUCAGAAAGGCUCCCAGGGUGGCUGACAUAAGAUCAAUAAAGAGUAAGUCUCCCCUGCCAACAGGCAUAGCACAAAAGGAAAACGAGUGAGGAGGGAAGAUGGGAAAAAAACCACACCAAGCAAACGCAGGCACUGGUUCAUAUAAUGACCAGCUAGAACAGAAAGCUGUUCAGGGAGAAGAGGAGCCUGACAGAGCCAGACCCAGUGAAGUGUUCCUGCUUCACCUCUCUUCCUCUGCUCUAGCCCAGUGGAAUGGCAGCCUGCCAGGUGACAAUUGAAGGAGAGAGGGAGCCUCAAGGAGACGGGUAGGGUUAAAAGGAGCUGGUGAUGUACCUGCAGUUGUGAAAUGUAACCUUUUAUGCUACCAGCAUGGUUUGUAUUUCAAUUUAACUUCCUGUAAAGAUUGGAAAACGCUCUGAGAAAUUUUGCUUGCCUGACCACCGGAGAUGUUAUAGCCAUCAACUACAAUGAAAAGGUAAUACAUUGCCAUUUAAAGCGGAAUAAGCUAUACCCGAGGAGCCCUGGAGGGAAUGAUUACCGUAUUUUUUGCUCUAUAAGACUCACUUUUUCCCUCCUAAAAAGUAAGGGGAAAUGUGUAUGCGUCUUAUGGAGUGAAUGCAGGCUGCACAGCUAUCCCAGAAGCCAGAACAGCAAGAGGGAUCGCUGCUUUCGCUGCCCAGCAAUCCCUCUUGUUGUUCUGGCUUCUGAGAUUCAGAAUAUUUUUUUUUCUUGUUUUCCUCCUCCAAAAACUAGGUGCGUCUUAUGGUCUGGUGCGUCCUAUAGAGCAAAAAAUGUGGUAGGCAUCAUAAUCCAGAAACUUGUGCGUGCAUCUAUCUGUGCAGUUGCUAAUGCAUCCAGGGCUGUCUCUUGGUUUUUAAGUGGAUUUUUAGGUGACUUCUAGGUAUUAGAUUGAAUUUGAGAGCUGGCAUGGGGCAGGGCAGUGUGCGAGUAAAAGAGUUAUAAGACAGGUAAGGCAACUUGAUAGAGAUGAUAUUGAUGAUGAGAUCGGCUGUCUUUUUUUAGAUCUAUGAGCUUCGAGUGAUGGAGACGAAACCCGACAAAGCUGUGUCCAUCAUAGAGUGUGACAUGAAUGUAAGUGGGAGAUGGGCGUCUUCAGUCUCACUGACUGCUUAAAACAGGGGUUGGGAACCUUUUUUAAUUCAAGGGCCACAUUACUCCAGUGAAAAGCUGUCAGGAGCCUGUCUUCCAGUAUAGCCCCACCCCAAGCUAUUUCCCACGGGUUCACAUUCCCAUUAAAAUAUAUUUAGUUUUUAGUAGCUCCGUCCAUGUUUCACUUUAAUUUUUUUAUAGACUUUUAAAAACAGCAACCAAGUUUGUAAGCCCAUUAUCUCUCCUGGCUGUCCGAAAGUGAAAAAGCACCCGGUGUUUCCAGCAGAAUGAUUCAAAAACCGUCAAUGCACACAUUGGACUCCAAGUCCUGCCUUGCAGCUUUUAAAGGCCUCAAAAUUCAAAAUGCAAUUGCAGAGGCAAAAUUCAGGAUGCAGUUGCAAAUGCAGAUUGCACGGGCUGCUUUUUGCAUUUUUCCCCAAGUACCACAAACCCACCAAAUCCCCUCCUCUGUUUUGAUCUUCUUGCAGAGAAAGGAGCUACAAUUUUGCACAGCAUCAAAACCCUUCUCCCUUCCCAUUGUACAACUGAUGGUCUUAAGGGGGGACCCAGAGGAUCCCGUGAAAUCUGGCUGCAGGAAUAAUUGCUUUAAUUCUACUUCUGGGGAAGGACUAAAUCACUUUGGUAGAUUAAGGGAGGAAGCCAUUUCUUAGGAAUGUUGUUCUUGUUUCUUACCCUGAUUGUGAAUUUGAUAUUGACUCUAUACCCAGCCAGAUGGGUGGGGUAUAAAUAAUAAUAAAUUAUUAUUAUUAUUAUUUAUUACUAUACAGGUGGAUUUUGAUGCACCCUUGGGUUACAAAGAACCAGAAAGACAGACACACCACGAGGAGUCCACAGUAAGUGGCCUUGUAUAUUCUUCUCUCUUUUUACUUGCUUUUUCCUCUCCCCCCCCCAAAAAAAAAACCCCACUCAGAAGAAGCGGUGAAUGCGACAAAUAAAUUGAUAAAGCUGGUUGUCAAGUUACUCCUUGCUUUUCAUUUUCUUGAUUGUGUUGGUUGACAGAGCGGUCCUUUUGUUGGAAGAUUCAGGAUUUCUUAACAAAGUGCAUGAUUAAACUGUGGAACUCACUCCUACAAGAGACAGUGGUGGGCACCAAUUUGGAUAGUUUUUAGAAAAGGAUUAGACCAGUUCACUGUCGGUGGAUAUAUUCCACCUCCACGGUUUCUGAGCACCAGAAUUGAGCGGAAGGAAUGCUGUGGAGCCAUUGUAAAACAAGUCAACUUGUUUCCCCGCUUGCUUUCCAGGAUGUGGAGGCAGACCAUAGCGGCUAUGUGGGUGACCUGGGAUUCCGUGUAAGUCUCUUUGAUUAAUUAAAGUAUAUUUCUUAGCUGCUUUUAAAGAAAUAACAAGAACAACAGUUUUAUUUAUAUCCCGCCCAUCUGACUGGGUUUCCCCAGCUACUCUGGGCGGCUUCAAGCACGUACAAAAACAUUAAAAAAAAGAACUCAAAGCUACUCACAAACACAAAGAUUAAAAAUAGGGAUAUCAAACAUCCCACAAAGGGGGACUCAACACCCUCUGCAUCGCCCCAUAUGAAGGAAGCUGUUUAUAGAUAUUACAGCGAACCCACUGAAAUGUUUCACUUAUGCUAAGACUUGCAGCAUGUUGAGAAUCCAGAUUCAGAAUAUACCGUACUUUUCUGUGUAUAACACGCCCCCAUGUAUAUGAUGCCCCCUAUUUUGGGGGACUAAAAAUUAAGAAAAUGGGGGGAGAUUGCACAGAGUUGCUGUGAUGGUUUGUGUAUGCUCUUCGCUAUAAGCACCCUCUGCUCACUCAGAGAGGUAUUUACAGUUCUUUAUUUUACAUAUGUACAAGCAGCACAGUACAACUUAUGCAUCCAAAUUGUCCAGUUCAGAUUCGGGGAGUGGUCUUCUCCUGCUUCUCCUCCAACAGAAGAGGCGGGGUAGCUUCAUGGGAAGUCUCUGAUCCCUGCGCUUUAACCCUUUCCUUUCCUGUGCCAAAGGCACAGGCAUAGGCUCUCUGACUGUCCCUGAGCUCCCUAUGCGGUGCUGGGGCUCUGCUUCAGCAUCGGAGAGCCUUGCCACCUCAUGGCUCUCCACUUCUACCCCUUCCGUCAUGUCCUGACCAUUUCCUUCUGACUGUUCCUGCUCUGACUCUUCUCCUCCCCCUGGCUCAAACGCCUUCCUUGGCAGUCCUGUGACAGUUGUUGAGCUUUUUUCAGGGGGGGAUUGUCGAAAAUCACUCACCCGCCUAACGCUAACACUCGUGCCUCCUAACAUCUGUCCCCUUGCCGGCAGAAGCAGCCUGUUGCCCGCCCAAUUGCCACAGCAACACCCAAUCAACACCACCCCAAUCCCACAUCACCCCUAAGCACUACCAAUGUAUAAGAUGACCCCCGGUUUUCAACAUAAUGCUUCAGUAGAAAAAACACUAGUCUUAUACACGGAAAAGUACGGUAGAUAUAAUUCCUUUCCAAACCGUAGAACAGUUGCAGUCUAAUGGGCAGCCUCUCAAAGACAAUCUUCAGUAGAGUUGUUGUUUUUCUGCUUAGUUUCCUUGGGUGAUUGCCUCUGGGGAUUUCUUGGAUAAAUUGGAUCAGGACUGUUCAGGUGGAUAUAGGCGUCAUCCUACGCGGGCCAUCACUUGAGAUGCUCCAUUUUACAAGGAUGAUGAUUUCAUGAUGAUGACUCUGCCUUUCUUAUCCCUGCAGGCCUUUUCAGGAUCUGGGAACAGGCUGGACGGGAAAAAGAAAGGCGUCGAGCCAAAUCCUUCUCCAAUUAAACCAGAAGACAUUAGAAGGUUCGUUUGCCUUGAUGCAAUUCUGUGUGUCCUCGAAGUGAAAUGACUUGGGCCGUUUCCAUCUCUGUCUGCUGCAUUGCCAUGGCUUCAGUAUUUGUGCGAGUUGGAUAUUCUCGCUUGGAGUGUAGUAACAUGGCUUGGAAAGGAAGAAAAGAGACAGCAGCUAUGUCGGAAGCAGGAAAUUUCAGAUCCAGGAGGCAAAUGUGGCCCCCAAGCCUCUCUAUCUGGCCCUUAGAACUCUUCCCCAGGCUACACCCCAUUAUGGGUCCCUGCUUCACCUCCUGAGCGUUUUUGCCUGUUUAGAAUGUGUGCAUUCAUCCCUUUUGCUUGUCUGGAUGGAGGACAGAGAAGGGUGUGUAGAAGCAGGUCUUUAGUGGUUAGGCUAAGAAUGAGCAACUAGCUCAAGGUCACCCUGUUUGAACCCAGGUCCUCUCUGGUCACUGUCCAGCAGGCUAAAGAAGCCCCACGUCACAGCACUUCUCACCAUGGAUAAUAUUGUGACUUUACCUUCCCCAAACCUGGUGCCCUCCAGAUAUUGUGGACUAAAACUUUCAUUUAUCCCUCACCCUCGACUGUGCUGGUUUGGCAGUGAUGAGAUGCGCAGUCCCAAACAUCUGCAAGGCACCAAACAGGGAAAGCCUGGCUCAUUAGUUUACAGCGGCAAGUCUCGCACAAGCUAGGAUAAUGUAUUUCAACAACUCCAUCUGAGAUCAACCUGUGACUUAAAGAAGCCUUGUGAAGCCACGUGUUUAAAAUUGCUCAUCCACCAGGAACCAGUGAGGGAGAUAAUUACUCUUUCAGUAGAAGCCAAGCAAAAGGAGACAGCUGCAUCUGGCUUAUGAAGCACACUAUCUCUCUCUCUCUCUAUCUAUCUAUCUAUAUUCAGCCAAACCUUGGCUCCCAAAUGGCUCCAUUUCCAAAUGUUUCAGCUCCUGAACACCAAAAAUCUGGAAGUAAAUGCUCCAGUUUUCGAACAUUUUUCAGAAGCUGAACAUCCAACGCGGCUCCCACUGAGUGCAGGAAGCUUUUGCAACCAAUUGGAAGCUGUGAUUCAGUUGUUGAACAUUUCAGAAGCCUACCUUUAGGAGACCCCAUCCUGUUCCCAGCCUCCAGCUUUUCCAUUCUCCUUCACCCGCCCAACCAUCAGUAAACAUUCUGAGCAUGCUCAGUCUUCAUUGAAUUGUUUUUGGGUCCUCUCAUCACCCCAGCUUAAAAAAUAUUAGAACCCAAGUCAAAAAAAAUCAUGCCAAGUUUUUCCUUCUUUCUAAGCAGGAGCAAACCCUUAACUUCAUGCUUUUUUCUCAAUUUGAUUUGGAUGUUAAUCUUUUUCUGUAAAUUGUGAGCUGGCUCCAUAAGGCAGAAGGGAAACGAAUAUAUGAAGUAUAUGUACCUCAUUUGUCUCUUCUGCAGAGGGAUUCCCAACUAUGACUUCAAAAUUGGCAAGAUCACAUUCAUCAGAAAUUCUCGGCCGCUGGUCAAGAAAGUAGAAGAAGUGAGUAAAACUGUAUCUUUUUCACUUGAGGUUGUCCCCAGUGAAGGGACGCGGGUGGCGCUGUGGGUUAAACCACUGUGCCGCUUGGGCUUCCCAAUCAAAAGGUCGGUGGUUCGAAUUCCUGCAACGGGGUGAGCUCCCAUUGUUCGGUCCCAGCUCCUGCCAACCUAGCAGUUCGAAAGCAUGCAGUGCUAGUAGAUAAAUAGGUACCGCUCCAGCGGGAAGGUACACAGCAUUUCUGUGCACUGCUGUGGUUUCACCACAAGCGGUUUAGUCUUGCUGGCCACAUGACCCAGAAAAACUGUCUGCAGAAGCAGACAAACGCCGGCUCCCUUGGCCUGUAAAGCGAGAUGAGUGCCGCAACCCCAGAGUUGUUCGCGACUGGACUUAAUUGUCAGGGGUCCCUUUACCUUUACCUUUUCUGUCCCCAGUGAAGUAUCCCAUUUGCAGAACACCUUCCACCUUUGUAGUGGAAUGUUUUCUCUUCCGCCCUGCUCUACCCCACCCAGCCCUGUUGAUGCAGUGUUGGUUAAGACCAGCACUUAAAAACAACAACCACCCAAAGAAUCUGACAAGAGAGCUGGGGAAGAGAUCUUGGUCAGUCACAAUAACUCUGUUAUUUGCACUGCACCCAAGACAGACCCUAAAACUCGUUAACCUCGUGUACUUUGGCAUUUCUAAGCAUUUUCAAUAAAUAAGUGAAUAAGCAGAAGUCAGCCCAGCUGAAAUCACGGGUUCAGUGCAAAGCUGGAACUACUCAUGGUGCCUGAACAGGUCGCUUCCUGAAAAGUCCAGGUCUUCACUUCUUGUAUGCGUAAUAAUGAAUAAUAAUGUGAGUUUAUAAAGUAAUAUUUCCCAUUACCCACCCCUCUGUUUUCAGGAUGACUCUGGAAGCCGCUUCAUUGCCUUUUCUGGAGAAGGCCAGUCACUCCGCAAGAAAGGAAGAAAACCGUAACUCCCGGAACCAGGAGUUGGUCGGGAAGAAUAAAAUAACACUGCAGCGUUUCUGACUUAUUUUAGCUUUUCUUUUGUAAAAGGACGUUGUAUGGGGGGGGUGGCGGCGGCACUCUUGUUCAUAAGCAACAUAAGGACAUUCUAAUCUGCUUCUGCACUUUCAAGUGAAGUGCGGUUCAGUGGGUUUUACUUAGUAGAACAUUGUAAGUUGCAUGUUGAUGAAGACAACUCUGGUUACACUGAGCAGCAGAGACACGAAAAGAAUGUGGAUUUCUGAUGGUCCCCCUGGAAGGCUGUUUUUUAUUUAUGGCAGCAAAGGGUUCUUGAAUAAGUUGCUUUCUUGUAUGUUAACUUCCCACACUUGGAAAAUAGGCAUGGUUUCCUUACAAUUUAGGGCAGGGUUGUGGAAGCCUUGUGGGCAACCUUCCAGGGCCCGCAUGCCAGUGUUGGGCAGGGCCAGAAGCAAAAGCAACAUGUAUGAAUGACUGGUUUUUGUACUCUUACCUUUGAAUGCCUUUGUAUGCCAGAACUUUCAGCCAUUUGAUACCUGACCUGUACUGUGAAGUGUUACAGCUCAGGUGCAGGUUUCUUAGCUAGAACUAGAUGGAAUAAAAUUAGUGGUUUACAUGCAUGUGGAAUGGAUGGUAAACAUACGGUUUCUUAAUAGUCGUCCUGGUUAAAUAAGAAAAGCCCUGCUUAAACCAAAGGCCUAUCUAGUCUGGCCUCCUGCCCUCGCUGUGGCCUGCCAGAUGCCCAAGGGAAGUUUGUAAGCAGGACCUGAACGCAACGGCACUCUUCCCUCCUGUGAUUUCCAACAGCUGAUAAUUCAGACGACAGUGGAGCUAGAACCAUAACCACCAGGGUUGGUAGCCAUUGAUCGUCUCAUCCUUCAUGAAUGUUUCAGCAUAAAUAAGCAAAGCAAAAUUUCUACCUUCUGAUGGCUGAAGAAAUGGCCACACCGUACUGUUGUGCUUUCACAUUGUGUAGUUAAAUUGGGUCAGCAACCUUUUUCAGCCGUGGGCUGGUCCACCGUCCCUCAGACCAUGUGGUGGGCCGGACUAUAUUUUGGAAAAAAAAUAUGAACUAAUUCCUAUGCCCCACAAAUAACCUAGAGAUGCAUUUUAAAUGUUGUUAGCCGCUCUGAGCCUGGCUUCAGCUGGGGAGGGCGGGAUAGAAAUAAAAAUUUAUUUAUUAUUAUUAAAUAAAAGGAUAUAUUUUACUCAUGUAAAAACACGCUGAUUCCCGGACCAUCCGCGGGCCGGACUGAGAAGGCGAUUGGGCCACAUCCAGCCCCCUGGCCUUAAAUUACCCCUGAGUUAAAUUAAGUGCUUAGGCAAUUACACCACUAUGCCUCAGUUGCCAUGUGGAGUCUUAGUGACACACUGUAAAAUUUGGUAGUACAGUGGGAAACCAGUGAAGCCAAAAAAAAGACUCACUUAGGCUGCAAUCCUGUCCUCAGCCACCUGGGAGAAAGUUCCAUUCAACUCAAUAUUUACUUAGCAGACUGUUAGGAUAAUAUUUCACUGCAUUUUUCUAGGCAACGACCAAGAGAAGCCACUCUAACCAACUGAGCUCUCCAGACUGAGUUGAUAUUGCUGAAUAAUAAUAUUGUUACUAAAUAAGAAACAGGAGUCAAGCCUUUUUUAAAAAUAAAAUAAAAAAGUCGUUUUGUUCUUC